CGUCUCAACUGCUCUCUCAAAACUGGGACGACCCGAACGAUUGUGUUUCUGUAUGUAUAUACUAUAUAUACAUAAAAUAGAAGAUGGGACGAGUACGUAUUCGCAAUACCAAAACCGUAUACGGCGUACGGCUAGAGUAGACCGUUGAGAAUUUUCUGUCUUUAAAUUUUGUACGUUUUAGAUCAUUCGUUUCUAUUUCAAACGACCACUUCACAACUUCCCAUCGCCACCGCAAACACACACACACACACAAACUACAUGUAUCUAUUUGUUUAUGGUUGCAAUCAUCAUGGCUGACAUGCUACGAGGAAAUAUAAUUUUCUUAAUUACAUCUUUACUUAUCUCGUUUCACCUGUUAAUAAUACCUGUGGAAAGUAAUACCAACGCAAUCGUACACGUCGACAAAGAUCUUUUAGAGCUGAUCCAAGCAGAAGGUUUAACGAAAUUUGCAAAUUUAAUACAAAAGGCAAACAUAGAAGAGAGCUUCACAAGCUCUAUUGCCAGAACUGUGUUUGCAUUCACCGACAAAGCCUAUUUUGAACUUCCACCUGAGCGCAAGGCCAGUAUUGAAUCUAUGACUAAGACAGAUUUGGAAUAUUUUGUGAAAUUCUUUACAGUAUACAAUAGGAAGAUCCAAACUUCUGAUAUAAUAAACAAUGGUAUCCUAACAAGCAAUGGCAAAAAUCAGAAUCUUUUAUUUACUUCAAGACCAAGGUUAAAUACCAAUUCUUAUAACACUGAACAAAUCUACAUCAAUGGUGCUCGCAUUAUACGGUCAAACCUCAAUGCCAUAAAUGGAAUUAUACAUAUCAUCGACUCAGUUUUGCAAGUAACCAGCAACAAUCAAGCUAUUGUAUACCUGGCUCGGCCUGAAGAUAGCCGUGUUAAAACCAGUGAAUUCUAUAAGUUGGUAAAAGCGUUCGCUGAUCUUGAAGAUGACUUGCGUAACAUAAAGAGAAUGACUCUUUUUGUACCGUCUGAUGAAGCAAUGCAGAAAGUUGAUAGUGAGAAACUUCAACAGUUGGGGAACGACAAAGAAAGCAUAAAAAAGAUCAUUGAGCAGAGUAUUGUUCGUAACGAGGUUCUUUUCACUUCAUCUACUGAUGUCCGUAUCCGUGGUAUUCCAACUAAAACCGUACCAUUGUUAUAUAAGAAUUCAUUUGAUCAAGUUUCUGUCUUUUCUGGAGACUCGACGGCCAAUAUUGUUAUUGGCAACAUAACGGUUGCCAAUGGUGUCAUCCAUGUGAUUGACAGAAUGCUUGGAUAUGUGUUCAAUUCAGUGAGGGAAGAGAUACAAAAUGAUGACAGUGUCAAGAAGUUUGUAGAAUUCCUGCCCAAGAUUAAUGAUGCCAUUGUUAAAGAGGCUAUCAUGACUGAUGACAGAGUAACACUAUUUGUCCCAACCAAUGAAGCUUUUGCUCGUGUACCUGAACAAACUAAAGUCCUGCAAAGAAACCCAGCAUGUUUAGAGGAGAUUGUAAAGUUUCACAUUAUUCGUGGCAUCAAAUGGCAAUUGGUCCAAAUUGGAGGAGACUAUGAUGCUAGGGAGAGAAUGCGUUCUAUGGCAAGUCAAUUUCUUAAAGCCUACAAUUUUGAUUAUGAUCGUUAUGUCGAUAGUGUUGGUGUUCAAGCGAAGCUUAUUAGUACAGACAUUGGUUGCACUAAUGGCUUGGUUCAAAAGAUUGACCGAAUAUUUGGCAUUCCUGAUGUGGAUAUUCCUGGCCUCAUCUUCAAUCAUCCUUGGCUUCAAGAGCAACCAUUUGCUGCACUACAAAUAACUGGCCUGCAACAAGAACUAACUGACAACAAAAGAACUGAUAACUCCAACAGUAGGUAUCUGCCACCAGAUUAUAGACAAUGUGGUUUUCUGAAAUGUGAUUUUACUAUGCUUAUUCCCAAUGGGACUGCCAUUGAGAUAAUGAUGCGAAAUCAUAUUGGGAAAGAGAUUUGGAAGAGACCUGCUAUACUGAAAAGGGUCUUCCAACGAAUGAUAUUCAAAGACCAGUGCAUCUUCAUGGAUUCAUUGGCUGAUGGUAUCAAAAAUUUUGUCUCUUCCGUUGGAGUUCCAGUAGUUUUCCAAAAAAGUCAACUCUCUCAAACAGUCCGACUUGGUCCAAAAGUCGCAAAAGUUUUGCAUUCUGACCUGGCAGCCACAAAUGGUAUUGUUCACAUCAUUGACCAAGUUCUCUUUUUAAACGAAGAUCUGUGGACUGGAAACGCUGCUCAGCCUCGACUUUCUCUUGUCUUAAUGAUCAGUUCACUCAUCUUAUUGUUGUGCACGCACACGUGACCAUAAUUUUAUUAAAAGGAAGAUACGGAUAUAUAAUCAGAUUGUUUUUACAUUGAAAAUGUGAAUGCAAAUUUCAUAAAUGAAAUACUCUGUGUGUGUGUGUGUGUGUGUACCUCUACCUGGAUGCUCGCAUUCGCAUAUUCUCUGUUUACUGUUCAUUGUUUGAAUCUUUAGGACUAAAACUUUGUUUCUGAUUGCAUCCUGGUACUGGAUUUUCUCAGAUACACAAAUACUGACUUUAACUUUUAAAAUAUUUUAAAAGUGUUUCAAAUUAGAUGAUAUUUUUUCGAAAGCAGAAUUGUCGUUAGAGCAGCUUUAAGCCAAAGUACUGGAUAUAUUAUCAUUACAAAGUGGAAAAAUUUGUCAAAAACAUAUUUUUAAAAUAUUUCACUGUAUCUGAGGGACUGAUGCAGGAUUUAGAUUUGAAACAGAAGCUUCAUGUGUGCAGUUGAAAAUAUUCUGAUUGAAUUGGGAAAUCAAUGGAAUGAAGAAAAUAUUCGAUAGAGAAAAAGGGAGUAAUUGAUGAAGGAAAGAAAGAUUUGAUGGAAGGAAAUAUUUGGUAAGAGAUGAAAGGAUUGGAUGAGUAAAAGUGAAAUUUAAUAAAAGAAGAAUGCAAUAAAUGAGUGAAAGAAAAUCUGGAUGAAAGGUGAAAAAUUAACUGAAGAAGGAGAGAUUAAAGAAACGAAAGAAAAAUCUAA